AUGAUCAAGCAGAUACUUGGUAAGCUUCCACGGAAGCCAUCUAAGUCAGCUGAGAAUCGUGAGUUUGGGGGUUCAUCUGCCUCUUCAUUAAGUUCAAGAAGCAGUGAUGUAGUAAGUAAUAGGCCAAUUAACUCGAACAGCCUACCUCUGUUGGGUCUUGAUUCUGCUUCAAAUUUAGGAUAUAGCCAUGGAAGUAAGCUCCCUCAACUUGUAAAUUCAAAUCUAAAUGGAAGUUCUGCUACUGCUUCUUAUCAAGCGUUGCCAGCAUUUAGGGAUGUACCAAGCUCUGAGAAGCAGAACUUGUUUAUGAAAAAACUGAACUUGUGUUGCGUAGUGUUUGACUUCACUGACCCAACAAAACAUCUGAGAGAAAAAGACAUCAAGCGGCAGACGUUGCUAGAGCUGGUAGAUUAUGUUACUUCUGCAAAUGGAAAAUUUACUGAAACUGUCGUGCAAGAGGUUAUAAAAGUGGUAACUGUGAAUUUGUUCAGGUCGUUCUCUCCGCAGCCCCGUGAGAACAAGGUUUUGGAAGCAUUUGAUUUGGAGGAGGAGGAGCCCUUGAUGGACCCUGCAUGGUCACACUUACAGAUUGUGUAUGAAUUUUUUCUGAGGUUUGUUGCAUCGCCCGAGACAGAUGCAAAGUUGGCUAAGAGGUACAUUGACCAGUCUUUCGUACUCAAAGUAUUGGAUCUCUUUGAUUCUGAGGAUCCUAGGGAAAGGGAGUAUUUGAAAACAAUUCUGCAUCGCAUCUAUGGAAAGUUUAUGGUGCAUCGCCCAUUCAUUAGGAAGGCAAUCAACAAUAUAUUUUUCCGAUUUAUUUUUGAAACAGAAAAGCAUAAUGGGAUUGCUGAGCUUUUAGAGGUUUUGGGCAGUAUAAUCAAUGGAUUUGCUCUUCCACUUAAAGAAGAACACAAACUCUUCCUUGUUCAGGUUCUGAUCCCCCUUCACAAACCAAAAUGCUUACAAAUGUACCAUCAGCAGUUGUCCUACUGCAUUUCACAGUUUGUGGAGAAAGAUUGCAAGCUUGCAGAUACUAUUAUAAGAGGUUUAUUAAAGUACUGGCCAAUCACAAAUAGUUCAAAGGAAGUCAUGUUCCUAAGUGAGCUGGAGGAAAUUUUAGAAGCAACUCAGCCAGCAGAGUUUCAAAGAUGUAUGGUACCCCUCUUCCGCCAACUAUCUCGUUGCUUGAGCAGUUCACAUUUUCAGGUGGCAGAGAGGGCAUUGUACUUAUGGAACAAUGAUCACAUUGAGAACUUAAUCAGACAAAACCGUAAAGUCAUAGUACCCAUCAUCUUUCCAGCCUUGGAGAAGAAUGGUCGCUACCACUGGAACCAAGUGGCCCGGAGCUUGACAUUAAAUGUCCGUAAAAUCUACUCUGAUGUUGAUCCUGAGCUAUUUGAGGAGUGUUUGCUCAAAUUUCAGGAAGAUGAAGCAAAUAUGGAGGAGAUUAAAACAAAACAUGAAACCACCUGGAAGCGCUUAGAAGAGAGUGCUGCUUCUAAUGCUGUUAGCAGUGGAGCAGUUGUUCACCGCUUGAACCCAAUUGAAAUAUCUUCAAACUAA